AUGAAGUCUUUUUCCUACAGCCGCGGUAGAAAGAGAGAACACAACGAACAAGACAAGAAAGAUACGAAUAGUGACCCGCGCAUCAAUAACCUAGGGAGGGCUAUCGAGGAUGAUUUUGCCACCAUUAGAGAAACCUAUGCAACGCCCAAACACCCCAUUGUCCUCGCCCAUGGCCUCCUCGGAUUCGACGAACUGCGCCUCGCUGGUACCCUCCUCCCCGGCGUGCACUACUGGCGCGGCAUCACGGAAGCCAUGCGUUCGAACGGCAUCCAAGUAAUAACAGCCUCGGUGCCUGCAUCCGCCAGCAUCGAAGAACGCGCCCUCAAACUCUCCCAAGACAUAGCCAGCAAAGCCGACGGCAAGAGCGUCAACAUCAUCGCGCACAGCAUGGGCGGUCUCGACGCUCGCUACAUGAUUUCGCGUUUGCAGCCCGAGAACGUCGAGGUGUUGUCUCUGACUACGGUAGCGAGUCCGCAUCGUGGCAGCGCGUUUGCGGAUUUCAUGCUCGAGGGGAUAGGACCGACGUACUUGCCAAGGCUGUAUAAGUUCUUUAAUGACUUUGGGGUUAGUACAGGCGCGUUUAGUCAAUUAAGCCGGAAGUAUAUGUUAGAGGAGUUUAAUCCGAAAACGCCGGAUGAUGAGGCCGUUAGGUAUUUUAGCUAUGGGGCUAAGUUUGAGCCGGGGUUUUGGAGUGCGUUUAAGCAGACGCACGCGGUUGUGGAGAGAUUUGAGGGGGCUAAUGAUGGAUUGGUUAGUGUGGAGAGUGCGAAAUGGGGGACGUAUAAAGGGACGUUGGUAGGGGUUAGUCAUUUGGAUUUGAUUAAUUGGACAAACAGGUUGAAAUGGGUUGCUUCAAGGUUGGCAGGGACGGAGAGAAAGUUCAAUGCUAUAGCGUUUUACCUCGACAUUGCAGAUAUGCUGGCGAAGGAGGGGUUAUAG